AUGAAGAAGCGGCCAUGCAACUCAACAUCGCGAGGAUCUCCGAUAGCACACAGAGAUAAGGAAAUGACCCCUUCUAUGACCCGGACAGAGCUCAAGUUUAAUUUACUGUUUCUGUAUUUCAUCUCGAUUGGGGUUAUCUUAUCUCUACAGAUAAACCACGCCAUCUCAUUCUAUCGUCCCAAGGAUCGGCGUGAGGACCUUGGAACCAGGACUUGUCUGCCUUGUCGUUAG